AUGGUUCUACUGGAGCAAGGGGGCCAGCUAAAGAUUGACCAGUUAUACCAGGACCUCACAAAUAACGAAGGUGUACAAAUGCCUAAUGUCCAGUCACUUUUAAUUUUUUUGGAUGAAUUCCCACGCAAUUUCGUCAUAAAUACAGUACGUCACAGAAGAAAAACAGUGUCUGACGUGCGUGUGAUAUCGGAUAUCGAGACCUGUGUUGAACAUUGCAAGAAACAAGGAAGUUGCCGAAGUCAGAACGGUGAAUGUGGCAGACUACACAUUUGCAAGUUCUUUCUUCUGUCUGGCCACUGUCAUUUUGGUCCUGGAUGUGCAUUCGGUCAUGACUUUACAUCUCGUCAUAAUUUUAACGUUUUUAUGUCGUAUAUGCUCGAUCCAAGGUAUAUCAAAGCAGAAAAUAUGAGAGAUCUGCUGUGUCAGAAUGAAUGCAGAAAUGCUACCACGAUGCCCGAUACAUGUAAAUUUUACAACACAUCAAAGACCUGCUCCAACAAGAGAUGUAGAAGCCUGCACAUCUGUCGACAUUUUCUUGAAGGAACCUGCAAGUUUGGGUCCUACUGUAGAAGAAACCAUUCUGUGGAAGAAUCAUCUGUUAUGGACAUCCUUGAGGACUACGGUUUUGAUGUGGACCAACACCCUGAAGUAAUACUGGAAGAUCUUCAAAACUUUUAUCAAAAUAACACAUCUACAAACAUCAGAUCAUCGCAACCUCCAGGUUUAUCCUACAGGAGUCGAUCAGUGAAUAAUUUAGCUGACGCACUUAGGAUGUCCGUCUUUGACCCACCGCCACAAAGACAGCGUGGUAGAUCAGCAGGCAGAUGGCGAGAAAGAGACAGGACAUCUUUCGAAGAUUAUAUCGGAACAUCUUUCGAAGAUGAUAUCGGAUCAUUGGAGCGGUACUGGAUGAGGUCUCCUCAACCAGAUGACUUUUCAUCUAACUCGGACAGGGAACAAGAGGCAUACGUGCCAACUCUGCGUCGACCACCUUCAGCAGUCCCAGCCAUGCCUGUUCCAUGGCCUAGAACAAAACGAAGCCCUCCGGUAAUGGCCUUGCCUCCAAAACCAGCCAUAUCAACAUUUAGAUCAGUUUCAAAGGAGUCAACUUUAAAAAUCUGUAUUCAUUAUCUGCGAGGAAAAUGUCUUUUUGGGGGAAAAUGUCGAUACCAUCACAAGUCGACAAUUUACCAGUGGCAAUGGAAGAGAAAUACUGAUUUAGAUUGGACAGAUUUUGAGGAAGAAGAAAACAUAACUUUGGAGAAAAGCUUUAGUCAUGUUGAAGAAGCAGAGUGUAAUUUAAAAAUUGGAAAACGGGAACAGAUGAAGAGAAAACUGGGGAAGGAUGUUGAUGAACGCCAGCUGUUCCACGGGACACACGUUGACAACAUCGAGGCGAUCUGUCACCAAGGUUUUGACUUUCGGUUCUGCGGGAAAGCUGUAGGCACCUUACACGGAAAAGGAAGUUAUUUUUCCACUGAAGCAGGUUACUCCGAUUCUUACACUGUCAACUGUGGAAAGAUGUUCAUCGCUCUAACUUUGGUGGGCGACUUUUCAAAGGGUAACCAAUCGUUUGUACGCCCACCACCAAAAAUUGAUUCUGAACCACAUGGUGAUUUGUUUGACAGCUGUGUUGACAACGUAAAAAAUCCUAAAAUCUUUGCAAUCUUUGAUUUGUACCAGGUGUAUCCGCAGUAUCUUAUCACC